AUGGCCAUUGAGAGAAGCGUAUUGCUAGAAGAGGAGAUCAAAAUUGGAGAACAGGAACGAGAGAAUCUACGAAUUGAGAACCAGCAUCUUCGUACUGAAUUGUCUGAGCUGAAGGUCGAAACCGAGAUUGUACAGGAGAAACUCCGGAAUGCGGAAUCCCACGGUGGCCGACGCAGGAAGCCAGCUCCCUUGCACCGCACUCCAUCCACACCACAGACUCCAGAAAUAUUUGGCCGUUCUCCAGGACUGUCGACUGUGUCAUCUCCUAUUUUUGCUACACCACCAAUGAAGUCGUCACUAAUAGCCGCGACUGCAACCCCGCCGUCGCCGCCGAUAUCUGAGUCGUCCACCAGUAUGCGCAAGUCCAUCAAUGCGACUCCUGGGUUUCCUCGACAGAAGGCGUCUGGUUCCGAGUCAUAUAGCUCUCGAUCUUUGCAUAGCUUCCCUCGGCAAAAGGCUUCCGGUUCCGAGUCAUAUAGCUCUCGAUCUUUGCAUGGAUCCAGGACUCAGAAACUAUCCCACGCCCACUCUCGCGCAACGUCCUCGGCACACAGCAAUGGCCGUUCAACUUCAUCAGCUACUUCCCGCGCGAGCCUAUCCAAGCCCAGCCCCGGUCUCUCUAAGCCUAGCCCCAGUCUCUCCAGGCCCAGCCCCGGUUUCUCCAGGCCCAGUCCGAGCCUUUCUAAAUCCACCAACAGUAACAACAGCACUCGGUCGUCCGGGAUGCCCAAGUCAGGCUCAUUGUAUCAAAUUCGUGGCCUGAUCGGCAAAAUGCAGAAAUUGGAAGAAAGGGUUCAGUCGGCCAAAUCGAAACUCCCGGCACCCUCUGACUCACCAUCUCGGGUCUCUUCUCGCUCCGGGUCAAUAGUUAGCGAGAGUCCUGUUGCUUCCACAAUUACUGUUCGCAGGGAGCCUCGUAAACGAUUAAGUGGCAGCAGCUUUAGCUCCUCAAUUCACGGCGACGGUGUCUCAUCAUAUGUCUCGACCAGUCGACCAUCAUUUAACAGUCGGCCAAGCAGCCGCACAAGCUACUCAAGUUCGUUCAGCCACAGCACACACCCUAGUAUUGCACCUUCGACUCGACCUGAAAGUCGCCAGAGUCGGACCAAAACGCCACUGGGACAUUAUUCGACAAAUCCAACCACUGAAAGUCGGCGACCGCGGUCAUCGCUUAGCAACCCGGCGGGACAAAAUGUACCCAUAAACGGCAUGUCUCAUAUUGACGAAGACGAGGAUCUCUCUAUGCACAUGUCUAUGCGGGCAAAGAUCAGUGAGGUCCGCGAAACUCGUCUGCCUUCGUUUUCCACCCCCAAUGGGCUUAAGAAGCGCACCCCCAGCGGAAUUCCAUCCAUCCCUGCGCCUCGAAGCCUUCGCACUAGCACGGGACUUGAUCGACGGGAGGGUCAAAUGGGGCCGCCCGAUCCGAAGACUAAGACCACUACCGAUUUGGGCGAAACUUUCUAA